AUGCUUGUACGGCAAAUAUACGCUGUUCAAUUUGCUCUUUUGGCUGCUUAUCUUCAAAUUUCUUGUGGUGCUGUAAGUAAUGAAAGUAUUGGUACGUCAUUAUCAAACGUUCCACCGCUCACGUUACGAAGAUGUUCUAUGCAUGGGAUUUGCGGAAAUCGUGGUGGUAUGCACCAAACUUGUCCUUAUAAUGGACCGCCAUUACGUUUAUCAAAUAAGCAACAUCAACAAACAUUAGCAUCACUCUGCCCGCAUCUGUUUAAAGGUUUCGUAUUCUAA